UACAUACAACUUUGAUCACUUCUUUGUCUUAAAACUUCUCGUUUUCUUUGCAAAAUCGAACUCAAUCUCUUACUACCUUAUAUUAGUUAUCUUCUUCAUAGCACUAAUAAGCAUCAUCAAGAAUGGGAAGAUCACCGUGUUGCGAUAAGAAUGGCCUCAAGAAAGGACCGUGGACACCGGAAGAAGACACGAAGCUCAUUCAAUACAUUCAGACUCAUGGUCCUGGCAACUGGAGAACCCUUCCAAAGAAUGCAGGGCUACAAAGAUGUGGGAAGAGUUGUCGUUUGCGUUGGACGAACUACUUAAGGCCCGAUAUCAAGAGAGGGAGGUUUUCAUUCGAGGAGGAGGAAACCAUUAUCCAACUCCACAGUGUUCUUGGCAACAAGUGGUCGGCUAUCGCAGCACGAUUGCCCGGAAGAACAGACAACGAGAUCAAGAACUACUGGAACACACACAUCAGAAAGAGGCUCCUAAGAAUGGGGAUUGAUCCGGUGACUCAUGCUCCACGGCUCGACCUUCUAGACCUAUCAUCGAUCCUCACAUCACCGCAGCUCAACCUGUCGAACCUCCUCCGCCUCCAAACUCUCCUGAAUCCGGAAGCCCUAACUCUUGCUCUGAAUCUCGUGGCAGCAAACAGUGGAAACCCUGAUGGUUUACUGCAAAAGCUGCAAGAAAACCAGACGUUCUUGAAUCCUCAUCAGCUCCAAAACCAGGACGGUACAGCUUUGCAACCUAGUCAGUUCGCAAACAUUGUCAGCCAAGAAACCCCAUCAAAUCUUCUUACAACCCCCUCAUUUCCAAACCAAGACCAAUGCAUUCAAGGGAACAUGGGACAGUUUCCCAUGAAUUCUACCGAUCACUCAAACGGCCAAAUUUUCCAAGAAAACUUAACUACUCCUACUACCACUAGUGGAAGCCUAAUUCCUACUGAUCUGUCAAGCUUUUUCUAUGGAGUUUCGGAUCAAAUGAAGGCAGACAUGUCGGAAAAUUCGAGCUUCGACUCAGUUCUAUCCAGCCCGGCUCCUCUAAAUUCGGCCUCGACGUAUAUCAAUGGGAGCACAGAAGAUGAGAGGGAAAGCCUCUGCAGUGGCCUGUUGAGGUUUGACAUUCCAGAGUGUUUAGACUUGGCUGAUUUCAUGUAAAUACUCUCCUCUGAAGUUCGUUUCAGUCAUGAACUUAGCUACAAUGGACCCUCAUGGUUUUUUGUACUUAGGUCCAUUAUUCAGGUUAUAGAAGUUGGAUUUGGUUUGAUUAAUUAAUAGAAAUUUAUGUGAGAUUAUGUACAUUAGCUACAUAAUAUGGUUGCAUUUUUUUUUAUUCCUUUUAUUUUUUUCUCUUUUUCCGUGAUU